AUGUCUCUCGUUCCUCCUGAUAACUUUCAACACAUUCUCCGUCUACUCAACACCAAUGUAGACGGCAAGCAUAAGGUUAUGUACGCCAUGACCCAAAUCAAGGGUGUCGGUCGUCGUUACGCCAACAUCGUCUGCAAGAAGGCUGAUGUAGACAUGUCUAAGCGUGCUGGUGAGCUCACCACUGAAGAGUUGGAGCGUCUAGUUACCAUCGUUCAAAACCCUACCCAAUUCAAGAUUCCUACUUGGUUCCUUAACCGUCAAAAGGAUAUCAACGAUGGUAAGUCUCACCAAUUGCUCUCCAACAACGUUGAGGGUAAGCUUCGUGAAGACCUUGAACGUCUCAAGAAGAUCCAAACUCACCGUGGUCUUCGUCACGCUCUCGACCUUCGUGUCCGUGGUCAACAUACUAAGACCACUGGCCGUCGUGGUAAGACCGUUGGUGUCUCCAAGAAGAAGUAA